AUGAAUCAAAAUACAACAUCAUUGACUACCCAACCAUUGGGAUCAUAUAUCGAUCAUCAAAUUACAUCAAGUUCGGAACCAACUGUGACAGAACCAGGUCUUUCUUCCGUAUUAACUUCACAUUCUUUUUCCUCUCAGAUAUCAGUCGUUCAACCGUCAAUCUCCCAAUUAGAUAGCAAUAUUCCACUUUCGUCAAGUGAUUCAACAAUUAACUCAAAUCCAACAACCAAAUUAGAAGCAAAACAGGCCUCUUUAUCUGCAUUAAAUUCACAAACAUCUGUUUUCGAUACUGAUUCUAUGGAAUAUGUGGAUUUGUCACCGUUAUCUUUAUCUUCAUCGCUAUCACCAUCCACUCCAAUCUCUUCAAUUUUACCCUCUCCAUCAUCAGCAUCUGUUAUGCUCACAUCGACAUCAACAUCUGCUCUUUUAGAUAUUUCAUCAUCGAUUUCGAGUACACUAACGACUCCAUUGGCGCAGCCAUCUUCAUCGACUACAAUAACUAAUGCAUAUACCACUUCAAGUAGUUCGAUUGACAGUCAAUAUAAUUCCUUGAGUUCAAAUUUGUUAAAUUCUAUGGGUGGAAAUUCAGAUCAGAAUAUCAUUCCAACGUCAGUAACUUUUACCAAUCUCGAUUUAUCACCAUUAUUAGCAUCUUACUACGCCUUACUUACUACAUCUUCAUCCAUCUCUUCAGCUGUAACAACGACUUCCACAUCAAGAUCUACAUUACAAUCCAGCAGCACCGCAACACUAAAGAACUUACCCUUAUUACCAAGUACAACAAAUUCAUCAUCUUCAAUGCCGAAGGAAGCAUCUAAAGUAGUACAUUCAUCAUCAACCGCAUCAAUAUACCUAUCAACAAGAAUAAUCGAUGUUUCUUCUUCAUGUUCAUCAUCGGCGCUGUCGCAUAUGACAAGGCUAUCGUCAUCAUUAUCUUCUUCUUCGAUCGAAAGUGACAAUUCACAACAAUCAUCCACAUCAUCAUUUACGUCAUCAUCAUCAUCAUCAUCAUCAUCAUCAUCAUCAUCACAAACACAAAUGUAUUCCAUAUCGGAGGAUCUUACGAAUUCUCAAUUAUAUUAUAUAUAUUAUACACAAGAUUAUUAUUUUACCAAUUCAAUAACUACAAUUGAAACAGGAUUACCCAUGAGAACAACCAUAUCGGCACAAACACCUCCAGUUGUAAGUAAUAUACCCACAAUUUCAGUAAUAACUACUGAUGUUUCAUUUUAUCAGCAUUGGUUAGAUUCAGGAAGUAUUGACGAUGACGACAAUGGAAGUGACGAUUCGAAUUCCAAAAGUGGGGGUGGAAAUAACAAAAAUAAGGGAACUAUAAUUGGAUCAAUUGUUGGGAGUAUAGGUGGAUUUUUAUUAUGUUGCUUGAUUAUUUGGUUCAUGUUUUUCAGAAGAGGAAGAAGAAGAGGAAAUAACGGAAACUUAAUGAGGGACUCAAUCAACAACGAGAGAAAACUUGGUGGGAGACAUUAUGAUUCAUUUGAUAAUACCAAAUCCCCUUCUAAUAUAACAGACCCAUUCCAAAAUGAAUUUGGAUUUCAUGACAGGUCAAUUAACGUUAAUAUUGUUAAUAAUAAUGAUAAUACUUUACAAGGAAAUGAUGGGAUGAAUCCAAUGGGUAGAUUUUCUUAUGGUUCAUCAAUGGUUGAUUCUUCUGGAAUUGACGAUGGAUAUUCUUCAAUGUCAUCCACUUCUUUAUACUUGGGUCAGAAUUAUGAUCGUGAUGGGAUGGAUGGUACUAGUGAUCCUUUCGGACAAAGUAGCAAUAACAAUUCAACGAGACAACAACAACAACAACAACAAAUAAAUACACAUGGUUUCUUGAGGGAAAUUAUAUGA